UGCGCCAAAUUGAGCAGACGGUCAGAGGAAGGUGAAGGGCUGCUCGAGUUCGGCGGCGGGGAGGAAUAACGGACAGGGCAUCUGCUCGGAGCCUGCUGGAUAUCGAUUCCUAGAGGUGGCCGCGCGAUCCUCCCGUCCGCUGUAGAUGUGUGUGUACGAAUCGUUCGUUGUGUACGCGUUUUGUCCCUUAAGAGCCGCGAAAUAAAAGGGAAAUUGAGAGGCCGACGUAUAAUAAUAGUAAAAUGUGACUGCUCCAACAUCUGUUAGUGUGUGUUCCUACAACAAUAAUCGUGCACAGCUCGGACUUAACAAUGGAGAACGGAUACCAACGCAGAACCAUAAUAUUCUAUAUAUCUGUUGGGCUCUCAUUGUUCUAUUUAUCCGCAUACCUUCUAAACACAUCCAUACAGAAACCAGAAAUAAGGCGGAACAAUGCCCUGGGACUGAAGGAAAGUGUUAAUAAACAACGACAAGCGGCAGUCGCUGAAGAGGAGCUGAAGAUCAGGAUGGCAGAGGUGGAGGAUCAGAGGCAGCAGCUGCAGAGGGAGCAAAAGAAGUUUUUGAAAAUGAAGAGGCUGCAGCAGCAGCAGCAGCAGCCGACGAGCCACAUCUCGUUAAGACGGAUCUACGUCCUGCCGACAAUCCUGCAACAUCUGUACGAGAAGCAUAGCCUCUGCACACCCGAGGACGUGCACAACGAGGCGAAGCACAGGCUUCCAUCGAAGAUCGCCUCGAAGACGAGCAAGAUGAACGAGCCCCGCGCCGUUAUGGUCAUUUACAUAGCAAUUGGAUUGUUGCUGACGUCCCUGGGCGCCGCUCUGCUGGACUUCUUCCGCGCCAAGAGCGAUCAGAACUCGGCGGACGGCGCGAAAAAGAAGCACAUGCUGACCAGGAAGUGCUCGCUGGCCGACCUCACCGUCCUCAGGCAUUCCCGGAAAGAGUCCAUGAGGAAAGACUCCAUCUACGACGGGAACCCCACCAAUCAAGUUAUCGGUCGUAGGCAACCAACCCUUCAUCGUCGUUGCACUUUCCCCACAUUACCCAUUAUUGAUCUCAGCUCGCAAUCAUCCCAAUGCCAAUUGUGCGGGGACUCCGACACCAGCGUCAGAGAAACGAGGCAUCCGCGGUACAGAUUGUUCCUGCGUAGGCAUUGAUGUUGUUCGCAUCUCAAAUCUUUAACAUAUCCCAAAAUUUAUUUUUUAUUUAUUUAUAUACAUAUAUAGAGAU